CAGACCAUCGGUCCUUGGCCACACUUGCGUACAGUCUAAUUGCCUCUUCUUUUGCACGACUCGCGUGGCCUCUUGGGUUCUUGGCUAGGGAGCCCUGCUUGCUGGCUUGGCCCGACUCGGACGUGCAUCGCAGCGCUGUUGAAGGGGGAAAAAAACGUCCGAUUGCACUUACACCGAUCCUUCACCCUCGACGGGCUCUUUUGGAUAUAAUACUCACAUGGGCCGGCCCGUGUAUUUCGCUCGUUAUCAGUUUUUCGUCUCUCGUUUCGCAGGCACGGAUCGAAAAGACUUCUUGCAGUAUCUGCUCUCCUUUUGGGCAUCUUUUACUCAUCUCUUUCCAGAGACGACUUAUACUUCGUCCAUCGUCUCUCGCAACUAUCAACGUCUUGCCAGCAACUCUACAUAUCAGAUACGUCAGAAAAGCCAAAGACGCGCCAACCGCCGAUCAAAACCGUCUUGUCUAGCUAUUAGCAAUCGCAAGACAAGUCAACUCGGCUCUCCUCCAUCCAUCGUCCCAUCAAACCCGGAGCUUUCCUCGCGGGCCCAAGCUUUCUUGGCCGCCUUUGCUGCAUUAAGGAGCAGCGCCACUGACCGGUCGCCGCCAAGUCUCAACAGCGGCCAAUUGCUCGCCCAAGGCGGGGAAAACAGGCCCAAAAGCCCCAACCGUCUCGCUCCGCCGCACCGCUCCGCACGGCCAGCACCGCAGUUGCCCUGCUACCUGCCACCUGCCACCUGCCCCCUGGUACCCGGCCCCCGUUUUACGGUCACGGCCGUACCUGCCCGCCAUCUCAAAUAAUAAGUCGGGGCAGCCCUCCUCCAACUCGACUCGCUCCUGCUGCCACUGCUACUGCUAAGCGCCGAAGCUACUUCCCACACCAACUAAGACCACCCCACUUGCCUCCCGCUACUCACUCCCGCUCCCACUCCCACUCCGUCCUUCCGUCUCUCC